UGGUCCAGAUCCUCCGCUCCUCCUCAGCUCAACACACACAUCCAUUGUACACAAACGGGCAGGCGGCUCACGCAUACACAUGCACUCACACACAUGCACACGUAUAUACGCACACACGCACAGCAUCGAUCGUGGCUCCUUUAAGAAAAGCCUAAGCCAGAAUUAUCACCCCACCUCCUCUUGAUCUCCUCUAGUUGCGUUUGCACAAGAAAAUCAAGCCGGGAGCCGAGAGUGAUCACAGAAAACCAGAGGAGAGCAGCUUCAUUUUUUAACUGUGAUUGUGACCAUUAACAUUUAGCUGGUGCCGAUCCCGUGGAGACGCGCGUCGGACCAUCAUUCAUCCGGUACUUUUGACAAGCCCUCGCGUUUUGACUGACAGGCGGAGUGACAAAAAGCCAUGAGAGUCGCCACUUUUGUUUGAGGGGCUAUUUUAUUUUCCUCCUGGUUUCGGAAAAGGAGCCUGGCUGCCGCUGCCCCGAGGAUAGCCGAGGACCUAUUCGCCGCGCCUGGGCUAAACUUGCGCAGAAAGCGGGGGCUGGCUCACCGUUCCGUGGAAGAAGAGGCAUACGGGAUUUUGUUGCUGAAACAUCUUCCCAUUUAUUUGGAUUUUCUUUCUUCAUUUCGUCUCCACCCUGGCAUCAGAGGGGAUUUAUCUAAACUGAAAGGACGACCAGGGAGUCAGGAGGGUUAUGGCGCAACGGUACGAAGACUUGCCCCACUACGGGAUGGACGGGGUGGGCAUCCCGACCACCAUGUACGGAGACCCGCACGGAGCCCGCUCCAUGCAGGCGGUGCAUCUGAACCACGGGCCCCAGCUGCACUCCCACCAGUAUCCGCACACCGCCCACACCAACACUAUGCCUCCCAGUAUGGGCACCUCUGUUAACGACGUUCUCAAGAGAGAUAAAGACGCUAUAUACGGGCACCCCCUGUUCCCCUUGCUUGCACUGAUUUUUGAGAAAUGUGAAUUAGCGACGUGCACCCCCAGAGAGCCCGGGGUGGCGGGCGGAGACGUCUGUUCAUCGGAAUCUUUCAAUGAAGACAUAGCAGUGUUUGCAAAACAGAUUCGGGCAGAAAAGCCUUUAUUUUCAUCGAAUCCAGAAUUGGAUAAUCUGAUGAUUCAAGCCAUUCAAGUUUUACGAUUUCAUCUUCUGGAGCUGGAGAAGGUACACGAGCUGUGUGAUAAUUUCUGUCACCGGUACAUCAGCUGCUUGAAAGGCAAGAUGCCCAUCGACUUGGUCAUAGACGACAGAGAGGGCGGCUCCAAAUCAGACAGCGAGGAAAUCACAAGAUCAUCAGUGGCCCUUGAUCAGACGUCCUGGAACAGAGAUCACGAUGACACGGCGUCCACACGCUCUGGAGGAACGCCGGGACCGUCCAGCGGAGGACACACUUCACACAGCGGGGACAACAGCAGCGAACAGGCAGAGCGAAACAGCUCAGAGGAAGGAUGCUGGAUGGUCGAAGGCCUUUAA